AUGGCUCUUCGCGGAGUGAAUCUGCCCCUUGCUUGGGUCGGUUACGAAAAGAUCUUGAUCGAGGUCUUCCAGGAAAUUGGACUCACUGAUGCUGAGAUUGCACACUUCCUCAGUGGCCCGGCCUUCCAGGCCUGGAAUCGUUUCGGGAAUAUCCAGGGUGCGUGGGGUGGUAAAUUACCUCGAGCCUGGGUCGACCAGCAAUUUGAGCUUCAGAAGAAAAUCAUUCCCCGCAUGUUGGAGCUAGGUAUGACUCCCGCCAUGCCAUCUUUCCCUGGGUUUGUGCCAGAGAAUACCACUCGUGUGCUCCCCAAUGCGCAGAUCGUUCGCGGAUCUCAAUGGGGCGGUUUCCCUGUUCAAUACACCAACGACUCCUUCCUCGAGCCAUUUGAUGAGAACUUUGCUAAGCUUCAGUUGAGCUUUAUUCAGAAGCAGCAAGCUGCUUAUGGGAACGUCAGCCAUAUAUACACACUGGAUCAGUACAACGAAAACUCUCCUUAUUCAGGGGAUCCGGACUAUCUCCGCAAUAUCACGCGUACCACAUGGCAAAGUCUCAAGAAAGCAGAUCCCGACGCGAUCUGGCUGAUGCAGGGUUGGCUUUUCUACGCACAGUCUGCAUUCUGGACAGACGAGAGAAUCGAAGCCUUUCUUUCUGGAGUCGAGGUCGACAGUGACAUGCUCAUUUUAGAUCUUUUCUCGGAGUCAAAACCUCAGUGGCAGCGAACCAAGUCUUACUACGGCAAGCCUUGGAUCUGGUGUCAAGUGCAUGACUAUGGGGGCAAUAUGGGCCUCUAUGGUCAGAUUUCCAACAUUACCGUGAAUGCCACACAAGCAUUAAUCGAGUCGCCAUCAAUGGUGGGAUACGGUCAGACCAUGGAAGGCCAAGAAGGUAACGAGAUCAUUUAUGACAUGUUACUUGAUCAGGCAUGGUCAUCGUCUGCAUUAGACACUCAGCUAUACUUUCACAGCUGGGUCAGGAGCCGGUAUUCGGGUUCCGGUUCAAUCCCCAACGAACUAUAUGAAGCCUGGGAAAUAAUGCGAACCCCGGUAUAUGACAACACGAACGCAUCUACCUAUUCGGUGGUCAAGUCCAUCAUUGAUCUUCGACCUAAUAUUGUCGGAGUGGCCGAGGUAGUUGGCUUCCAGAGCAGCGCUCUCACCUAUGACCCCUCGGUUGUAGUCAAAGCCUGGAAAUCCUUAUACCGGGCUUCCAGCUCAGAGCCAGACUUAUGGAAGAACCCUGCCUAUCAACAUGAUUUGGUAGAUGUCACUCGCCAAGUCCUUGCCAAUGCGUAUAUCCCGUUGUAUCACACUCUCGUGAACACUUGGAAUAGCUCAUCGUCAAGCACGAAUGCCUUGACACAAGUGGGCAAUAAUAUGGUCCAGCUUCUCGCUGAUUUGGAUGCAGUCCUUCUAACUAACAAAGAAUUUCGGCUCUCGAAGUGGAUCAAAGCAGCCCGGAGCUGGGCACAAGAUGACGACAGCCGGUCGUUCCUUGAAUACAAUGCUCGCAAUCAGAUUACUCUUUGGGGGCCGAACGGAGAGAUUCACGAUUACGCAUCCAAGCACUGGGCUGGUCUGGUCUCUUCGUUCUAUCUUCCUCGCUGGCGCAUAUUCAUCAAGUAUCUGGAGACCACUCCUCCUUCAUCAUUCAAUACCACCGCCUUGACAGAGACUCUGAUAGACUUCGAGCUUCAGUGGCAGACCCAGACUUGGGAUGAACCCGAGCCUACGGGAGAUGCUGUUGACCUUAAAAAGGUGCUGAAACGUAUUUAUGACCGGUGGCCAUCUAUUUUUGAAACCACAGAGUAA